GUUACUUAGCGCUUCACACUCCCACGCGCACACUGAAAUCAUCAUAAGGUUAAUGUGACCAUGAGCGGGUUUACUGGCAAGCGGAGUGGAAUUACAGAGCGUGUGGAGCUGCAUGUGUUUUAUGUACCUGAUGAACAGUUUGAUCGGAGGUUGAAUAAAGUAUCAGCUGAAGCUGUGGACACUUUCAUCUCCGCUGGAUUUAUCAGAGUUGAUUCAGAUGCGAGUCUGUCUGAUCUCAGAUCUGAUCUUGGAACAUUUCUUGGACUGGACAGAAUUGCAGAUAGAUACGUUUUCUUAAAAUGUGUUGGCAGAAGUUUGGCACUGGUUAAAUUCAGACAAGAGGGAGAACUGACAGUAAAAUGCUUCACUCCACCAUUUGCUCCUUUUCCUGAGCUCUACAUUUUACCCAUGGGAGAGAAUGACAGUUGCCUUUGCUCUAGCUCUCUGACCACUGAUACUUUAAUAAGCAACACUGACAAUCACAGUCACGAUUUGCCCAGACCAACGUGUGUGCCUGGCAACAUAAAAGAGCCCAUUAUAUUCCCCUCAAUCAAUAAAGGACCUCAGCAGUCUGUCCUAAUGCAGGAUGCAGAGGAGGACGAGAGUGAUGAAGACACAAGAUCCACUGACACUCCUCAUCUAACACACAGUUCGCAAGAUCAGAUUGGGCCUGUACACAAACAAUCCGACAGACAUCUUGCUAAGCAGGGAGGCUUUUUUCAAGUAGAAAUGAAUACAGCUCCAAAAAAGAAACAUUGUUUUAAAAGAAAAAACAGAAACUCUGGAGCGACGGAGUCAUUUGAGGAUUCUCAUGGACUGGCAAGGAAAUUUAACAGUUGUCUGACACUGAAAUCAAGCAAAGAAAAGACAGAUGAUAUGGUUCUUAUGUGUAGACCAAUCUCUCCACUCCCAGCAGAGAGAAGUUCUCCACUGUCUGUCUAUUCCCUUGAACUUUAUACACAACAAACAACCACUAAAAAUGAACUGAUAGAGGAAAUUAAGCUACUCAAAGGGCAAAGGAAGGAGCUUGAACAAACAAGGCAAGAGCUUUUGAAAAAGGGCAGAGAGCUUUUAGCUCUUAACAGACAUCGCAGGAACCAAGCACGUGACCGAUGGAAGAGGCAAUAUUUUGAUACUAAGAAGGCAACAACACUUCUGGAGGACACACUGAAGAGUGUUCGCCUUGAACUUCACACCUUCUACAGUAAAAUGCUACAACAAAUCCAAGCCCGGGAUGGUGCAAAACGACAAACGCUAGCAAAGAAACAUUCAAGAACAAAGUUAAAGAAUGAGUUAAUAAUCCAGAUUAUGACAGAGAGCAGUGAAAUUGAUAAUCUGAGGAAAAAUGUGGAUGAUGCUAAAAUUAAACUGGCCACAGAGAUCAAGUUGAGAAAGCAAGCUGCCACAGAACUACAGGCCCUGAAAGCAGAACUGAUGCAAAAGAGAGCUCAGUUAUAAAGAAACACAGAAUACAUGUUUAUGUGCUCAGCAUUAGGUUUCUUAGAAAUUAGAUUUCUUUGUGGACAAAAGUUGUGAUUCAGCUGAUGAACUAAUGGUGCAAGGGUUUGUAAGCACCAGUGUUUAAAUAUUUUAGAAAGCAACCCAUGGAUGGUGGACUUGUAGUUGAUUGCAUGUUAAGAUGGGUUACGUGAGUAUAUUAAUGGCUAAAAAUGGUUUACUUCACUUUUAACAUUUAACAAAAAUCAUUAUUUUCAGAAAUUAUGUCUCAGAGAAAUGAGCUGUUGAUGAAAACCAUAUUACUUGAGCUUAUUAGGGUUUCUGCAGGUUUUAUGAAGGUGAAUGUAAGCCUUUUUAGAAACCUUUUUUACGAACAAAUUUAAAGGAAUUGCAAAGUUCACCCAACUGGCCCAACAAAGGUAUCCGGUGGCUGAAAGCUUCAUGCAUAUUCAGUGUUUUUGGUGUGAAAAGUGAUUUAAUUAAAAAUACAUUUUAAUCUGGUUCCAUUUUAUUAUGACCUCGAAUUUAGACUUUAAUGCAAAUUGGUUGUUUCGAGUAUUAUUAUUCUCACACUUGAUUAUUCUAGUUAAACCUUUAUAUU